AUGCAACGUAGUACGUAAGUGGGGGGCAACCCCGUAUUUUCAUCUCUCUCUUCUAUAGUUUCGCUCGUCUGCGAUCCGCUUCAGCUGGGCAGCUGGUGGCUCAAGUCUUGUUCUACUACUCUGCGUGCUCGUGUAGGUAUAGCCAUCCACCGCUCCUCGUGUUCUAUAAAGGGACUAAAGCGAGUGAUAAGUGAAGGAUGGCGGGUCGGGAUAGGGAAGGCUCUGAUUCAUGGGACUCGCUCGACUACUACGACCUCCUGGGAGUGGAGAGGGACGCUAGUCCGGAGGAGAUCAAGAAAGCGUAUAGGAAGAUGGCUCUAAAGUGGCACCCUGACAAGAACCCCGACAGCGUGGAGGAGGCAGACAAGGUCUUCAAACUCGUGGCAGAGGCUUACGAAGUUCUCUCAGACACCGAGAAGCGCCGAAUGUACGAUCUGCACGGCAAGGAAGGAUUGAAAGACAGAAUGGGUGGAGCUGGAUUCACUUUCCAUUCGCCAUUUGACCUGUUCAGAGACUUCUUUGGAGGGGAUGACCCUUUCGCGUCCAUGUUUAAUGACCCUUUCUUCGGUGACUUUGGAGGUGGUGGUAGAAGAGAAAGGGGAGGAGGAGGAGGAGGAGGAGGAGGAGGGUUGUGGGGUGACUUCCCAGCCUUUGGUACAGGGUUUGGAGCAGGUGGUGGAGGGCGACAGACACUCUUCACUCAAGGCUUCGACACAGAUUUUGGAGGAAUGGGUGGCUUUGGAGGCACGAUGACGUCCAGCUCAACUACCACCAGAACAGUUGGCGGGAAAACAGUGACCACCAAAAAGGUUAACCAGAAUGGAAUAGAGACGGUUACAGUACUAGAGGACGGGGUUGUGGUCUCUAAGACAGUAAACGGCGAGCCAGCAGCUAUUGAGGAUGGAGGAGCCGGGAUCAGACAUCAUGCCAUCCAGGGUUCCAGAUCUAAGGGAAAGAGACGGAAAUGAAGGUGGAAAGUGGAGACAUGCUGUUUUUACCUGCCGCAGACUCGCAGUAUAAGUUUUAGUAUAAUUAUGCUACCUGUCCAUUUUGUGUCAUUCCGCCAUAUUGUAAUUUUGUGCAAGUGCAGGAACUAUUAGCUAGUUUGCUAGAACUCAGACGCUUGGCGUGGCGGCUGUUCUGCAAUAUCUUCUCAG